GCGCCGCCUCCGCCUCCGCCCCGCCCCGCCGGCCAAGAUGGCGUGGCGAGUGCUGCGGCGGGUCGGGCCCGCCUUGGCGCCGCGCCUCUGGCCGCCCGCGCCGCGGCUGCAGGUGCCCGCGGCCCGGAGGCUGGCGACCAGCUCGCUGGUGCUGUCGGCCCGCAAAUUCACAGACAAGCACGAGUGGAUAUCAGUUGAAAAUGGUAUUGGAACAGUAGGAAUCAGCAAUUUUGCACAGGAAGCAUUAGGAGAUGUUGUUUAUUGUAGUCUUCCAGAAGUUGGGACCAAGUUGAAUAAAGAUGAUGAGUUUGGAGCCCUGGAAAGUGUGAAAGCUGCUAGCGAACUCUAUUCUCCUCUCACUGGAGAAGUGACUGAAAUCAAUGCUGCCCUUGCAGAAAAUCCAGGGCUCGUCAAUAAAUCUUGUUAUCAAGAUGGUUGGCUUAUCAAGAUGACUGUGGAAAACCCCACUGAACUUGAUGAACUGAUGAAUGAAGAUGCCUAUGAAAAAUACAUAAAAUCCAUUGAAGACUGAGCUGGAAUUCUGAAAUAAACCCGUAUAAAAUA